AUGCAUUACCCAAUAGAAAAGGGUAAACCCUAUUAUUCAACGUUACUGUCUUUGAAAUUUUUAGGGGUCUACCCGAAAUCGUCGAGCGAGGCGAGCUUGAAGGCGUCGAUGGUGACCACGGUUUGCACCAUAAUUUUCGCUGUUGUGGUAAUUUGCGUAGGAGGUAUGGGCCAUUUAAUCGCCUCUUUCAAAGGAAGUAAGAGUGUCGAAAUGAGCGAGGAUUUGGCGGUGACAGUGGGCGGUAUGGCGUUCUUACUUUGCGCCCUUUUCUUCAAAUUAAAUUGGCGAAACUGGGCCAAAUUUUUUCAUUCCAUCACCGAUUUCAAAACGUACGGAAAACCCGAAGAUUUCGACGCAGUCACCAUCAGAUGCAACUUCCUUUCGAUGAUGUACAGCAUCUACAUUUCGGGCGGCAUGUGCGUGUACGCGGUCAUCUCGAUUUUCGAAACGAAAUGCGUCAGAGACGAGCAAAACAACUUUUGCGGCACUUUAACCCAAAUCCGGCUGCCCAUCGAAGGCGAAAUUUCCACGCUGGCGAUAAACAUAAUUUUUUUAUGCCAACUUUCAUUGUGCAUUUGGGCCUGCGUUGAAACGGGAAACGUAUUUUUUCUAUCGCACGAAUCGUCCGAAUUUAUCAUAUGCCACAUAACCGCUCUCAAAAAACACAUAAUUGGAAUUUUCAAUUACGAAGACGAGAUGUCCAAGAGGGAGCAACUUUUGCAUUGCAUCAGAUACCACAAGCAAAUAAUCGAAUGGGGGUAUGAUUUGAAUCGACUUACAAAAAGCACGUUGGGUCAUAUGUCCUUAAUAGCGGCUAUCCAAGUGGGAAUGAUAGGGAAUCAAAUAUUGCACAAGUACAAAAUGUUCGGCGCUGCGAUUUAUCUCGCAGGGUACAUUAUGGCUAUAUUUCUCGUCUCGCACGCGGGUCAAAGGUUAAGUGACGAGAGCAUAUCCAUAGCGAAGGCGAUAUUCGAUUCCGAUUGGACUAAGGCCAGCACCGGCAUGAGGAAAGACCUAACUUUCAUGCUAGCAAGAUCGCAAAUACCGUUAUUUAUUAGUUGCUUGCCGUUGGGGAAUUUUAAUUACGCUUUGUUCGUUACUAUGCUGAAGGCCUCUUACUCGUAUCUAACGCUGCUGAAACAAUCCACUUCGAACAAAGAUGAUUAA